AUGCCUCUCGCAGCUGUGAGCGCUGUCAGAGCGGUGUUUGCCUUCGUGUUGCCGCUCCUCGCAGGAGGCCAGCUGCCCGACGACUCCCUCACCCUCCUCGCCGUCGGCGACUGGGGUGGCACGAGCAACGACGAGCCGACGAACGCAAACCAGCUGGCGGUUGCUGGCGCGAUGCAGGCCGUUGCUGCAACAAAGCGGCCGCACGCGGUACUCAUGAUGGGCGACAAUUUUUACCGCCACGGCCUGAACUGUGCUGACGAUGCCGGCGCGGAUUUUGGAUAUGGCGAGGCGGCUGACGCGCACUACGACGUGGUCGUCGUCGCGUUCAGCGUUGCGCUUCCGAGGGCAAUCAGGCGUGGCAUGUCGGGAGAUGCCGCCUUUGAGCGUACCCUCGCGGAGGCGGUUGCUGUCGACACGACCGCAGCUGGCGAGGCGGCGUCUCCGUCGAACGUGCGAGACAUGCGGCUGGGCGCGUGGCAGCAGGGCGGAGAGAAGACGAGCCGGCGGGUCGAGCUCAGCUUGGUCCGCUUUCACCGCGACCCUGAGCAGCGGCGCCCCGCCUCGCUCCUCGCGGCGCUGAAUCGCGCGCUGGAGGCGGGUGUCGCCGGCGGGCAAGGAGCGCUCGGCUCCGCCUUUGACGCCAGGUUUGGCGGGAGCGGCUCGUGGCGCAUGAGCGGCGUCACGGCGCGGGUUGGCCGGCUGGAGGAUCGGCCGUGCAACCAGAAGCACUCUCCGCGCUUCAACGCCACCUUCGAGGAGGUGCCCUUCUACGUGAAUGCUGGCAACCACGACUACUAUGGCUUCGUGCGGGCGCAAGUCGACUACUCGAACGACCCGCCCGCCGGCGCGUCGGGGCGGUACCCCGUCACGGACGCACGCCCCUCGCACGUCGACGGGUCGGUCGAGGCUCCGUGGUACACCUUCAGCCUGCGGCGGGAGAGGGACGGCCUCUCGGUGCUGGUGGAGGUUGAGUGUCCUCACGCUGCCUUUGGGGGCAGGCCUGUGCACGCCCUACCGGGGCAGCCUCUCGAGGUGGGGGAAGCAGACGCCGGCGACUACUUUGACCUGCCGUGCUCGGGCCAGCGCACGAGGCGUCGAGGGACGGGCCGCGCGGAGCACGAGAAGGAGAGCGCGAGGGCGCACGAGGAGUGGCUGCUCCGCACGCUCGCCGGUGCAGCGCACGACUGGGUCAUCGUCUCGGGCCACUACCCGAUCUGGUCGGUCGCCGAGCACGGCCCCACGCCCGAGUUGGUGGAGGAGCUGCGGCCGUACCUCUUCCAGCACGGCGUGGCGCUCUACCUCAACGGGCACGACCACAACGCGCGCCCGCCGCUCUGUCGAGCCUCAGCUGCGGAGGACUUCGUCGGCCCGUUCACUGCCGAGUCGAUGCACUACGUCACGGUCCCAUUCUUCGACGCGGAGGGCUCCUUCGCGCGGGUCGACGUCGUGGACAAGCACACCGCGGUUGUGCGGAUCCUCGGGUAUGGAGGCGCCGAGCUGCACCGCUUCGAGAUCGACAACCCGCGCCGCAAGAGCGAGCCGGGCGGCGGCGGCGGCGGCGGCGCGCGCGAGGCGACGGUUGGGGCGUCAGCGACGGACGCGACAUUGCUGUACGGUUCGCUCGCGCUCAACGCAGCGCUGCUCCUCGCUUGCAUCGCCGGCGGGGCGCACUGGCUGCUGCGGAGGAGGCACGCUCUCUCGCGGGCAGCGAGGCCGAUCAUGGUGGACCGCUCAUCCUCUGGCAACAAGCCGGUGGAGGUCGACAUCGUGGCGAUGCCGCCUCGGGUGCUCGUGGAGGCGCGGGAGGCCGCGGCGGCGGCACGCGGCGGCGGCGCGGCGAGCGCGCCGACAGGCACCUGGCGCAACCUCCUUACCAACGAGGCCAUGGAUCUUGGAGCAGCAAAGCGCGACACUAAGUACGCGGCUGAGCUGCUCGGGCUACGCCUCGACGUGCCGUGGUCAGUUUGGCACGGCUACGAGGCGGGCGGACGGGAGCCCGGCAUCCUAUGGAGAUAUGACGCUGAAGAGCGUACCUUCACGGUGCGCUUCGAAAACGAGCUCGACCUCGACGAUCUCGAGGACGUGUCGUGGGCGGAGGUGCUCGGCACUGUGCCCAUGGCGGAGUGA